AUCUCGAGGAAAAAGGGGCUGGAAGACCCCCCCCGAUUACCAGCGGGGAAGCCACGACAUGUGUCCAGUGUUUGUGUGUUUUUCUCGGUGUAAUGCAGCCGAGUAGGGUCAAUACAGAUUGCGGUAAGCGUUAAAUCCGUCAGUGUGACCGUUUGUUUGGGCUCCGAGCAGACGCGGGAAUGGAGCAAAGCGAAGGGGACGAGCAUGAGAGCGGUUCCUCGUCCCAACAAAAUACGAUGUGGAAACAGUUUCAAGCCAAAGCCAAGCCGCUGCUCAGCCCCAAGCUGGGCUCCAGAGACCCCGAGGAGAAGAAGGAGAGGGGCAUGUGGAUGUUCAAGAAGAUAAAAUGGAAGGAAAACGUCGCGCUGGACCGGGUGAUCUCCUCCUCGCAGCCCGACCUGCUCUUCUCCUCUCCGGUGGAUGUGGAGACGAAGGAGGCUCAACUCUGCGGCAAAGCGGCCGGGAGCGGCCCAGGGAGCGGCCCCGGGCUCGGCAGGGAGAAGCUGCCGUUGCACAAGUCCGCCAGCCCAAAGAAGCCCACGGUGGCUCAACUGGUGCAGUCCCACCACAAGAGCUCUUCUCUCGGGUCAGCGUGCCUGGAGAGGCUGGCCGAACCACCGCGCGGCGGCGGCGGCGGCAACGAAGGAGGCGAAGGAGGCGAAGCGGCAGUUGCCGCAGCAACAGAAACACCGCUGGAGAGCAGCGAUGAACAGCCGGGUACGGCUGUUCCAUGCUCCUCGGGGGUCACGUCCGAGCGAGCCGUCCCCAGCUCAGGGAUGUACAAGCUGGAGAUCGAGCUGAAGAGAGGACACAAUCUGGCCGUCAGAGACAGAGGAGGCAGCAGUGAUCCGUAUGUCAAGUUUAAGCUCGCUGGAAAAGAGGUGUUCAGAAGCAAAACCAUCCACAAAAACCUCAACCCAGUGUGGGACGAGAAAACGACUUUAAUAAUGGACUGUCUGAGUGACCCGCUCUAUGUAAAGGUGUUUGACUACGACUUUGGCCUUCAAGAUGACUUCAUGGGUUCUGCUUACCUCUACCUCGAGUCUCUCGAGCAGCAGAGGACGAUACCUGUAACUCUGGUGCUGACGGACUCGCAGCAUCCGGAUCAGGACCUGGGCAACCUGGAGCUGGCCGUCACCCUGACACCUAAAGACAGUCCCAUAGAGGAGCGAAGAGACUCAACCCAGAGACAGGUUAUGAAGUAUCGGUGGAAGCCGUAUGUGAAUAAAACCAUGCUGCUCAGGAGGUCCUGGAAACGAUCCACAAAGCAGCAGCAGUCAAUGCGUCUCUCUGAGCUGCAUCGGAAAUCGCAGCUCUGGCGAGGGAUCGUCAGCAUCGCGCUGAUCGAAGGCCGAAACCUGAUCCCCAUGGACCCCAAUGGUCUGAGCGACCCGUACGUCAAGUUCAGACUGGGACCCCAGAAAUACAGGAGCAAGACGGUGCCAAAGACCCUGAGUCCACAGUGGAGGGAGCAUUUUGACCUCCAUCUGUAUGAAGAGACCGGAGGAGUGUUGGAGAUCACAGUGUGGGACAAAGACACAGGGAGGAGAGACGACUUCAUCGGACGCUGCCAGUUGGACCUCUCCACUCUGUCCAAGGAGCAAACUCAUCACCUGGAGCUGGCCCUCGAGGAGUCCAGGGGCUACGUGGUGCUGCUGGUCACGCUGACCGCCUCGGCGCACGUCUCCAUCGCCGACCUGUCCGUCACACCGCUGGACGACCCGCAAGAGCGCAGGGAGAUACUCAAGCGAUACGGUGUGAUGAAGUCGUUCUCUAACUGGAGAGACGUGGGCAUCGUGCAGGUGAAGGUGAUGAGAGCAGAAGGACUCAUGGCUGCAGACGUUACUGGAAAGAGUGAUCCGUUCUGUGUGUUGGAGCUGAUUAACGACCGGCUACAGACUCAUACUGUUUACAAGAACCUGAAUCCUGAGUGGAACAAAGUCUUCACCUUUAACGUUAAAGACAUUCACUCGGUGUUGGAGGUGACGGUGUUUGAUGAGGACAGAGACAGGAGCGCUGACUUCCUGGGGAAAGUGGCCAUCCCACUGUUACAUAUCCGUAACGGUGAGCAGAAGAGCUACGUGUUGAAAAAUAAGGAGCUGACAGGGCCGACUAAAGGAGUCAUCUACCUGGAGAUAGACGUCAUCUACAACACUUUUAAAGCUGCUUUAAAGACUGGUGUCCCUGCAGAGCAGAAAUACAUCGAGGAAGAACCAAAAGUGUCCAAGCAGUUGCUCCAGCAGAACUUUAACCGUGUGAAGAGGUGCAUCAUGGUCCUGAUCAGCUACGGGACGUUUAUCAACAGCUGCUUCGAGUGGGAGUCUGCACAGAGAAGCAUCGUCUCCUUUGUGCUGUUUGUGGUCGUGGUCUGGAACUUUGAGCUCUACAUGUUGCCGCUCGCUCUGCUGCUGCUGCUCGUCUGGAACUACUUCUUCUCCUCAAGCAGAGAAACAGCUGACUCCGCGGAGGCCGUGUUUGACUGGGAAGAUGAGGAAGAGGACAAAGAGGACAAGGAGUCAGAGCCCAAGGGCUUCAUGGGUAAACUGUACGCCAUCCAGGACGUGUUCAUCAGCGUUCAGAGCGCUCUGGAUGACGUGGCGUCGUACGGAGAGCGGAUAAAGAACACCGGUAACUGGACAGUGCCUUUUCUCAGCUGGUUAGCGAUCACUGCCUUAUGUUCGGCCACAGUUCUCCUCUACCUCGUUCCUCUUCGGUACCUUGUGCUGGCGUGGGGUGUGAAUAAGUUCACCAAGAAGCUCCGCGAUCCGUACAUGAUCGACAACAACGAGCUUCUGGACUUCCUGUCCAGAGUUCCCUCUGAUGUUCAAGUGAUGCAUUACCGUGAGCUGAAGGUCGACCCCGGGCAAAGUCCCAACAAGCGGCGGAGGACGAACCCGAGUUAGCUGCUCAUCAGCCCCUCGCUCCUGUAAACUCUGUAAACUACGUUAUUUAUAUAUUUCUUGUAUAUUUUAAAUAAUUAUGAAGAAGUUGUAACCUUUGAGUUGGCAUUUGUUUUGUUACUGUGGAAAGAUUUAUUUUCUAAAUCCUGUAAAGAAAUGCUGUUAACGUUUUUUAAUCAGUUUUUAUUU